AUGUUACUCAAGUCAUUAGUCGCUCUUGUGGCAGCGAGCGGUGCUCACGCAAUCCCAGCCGCUGGUGAGAGAUACACAAACUCCUCCUCCUCCUUUCUCUGCAACAAGGCCAAGUGCCAAGUACCGCCGCCUCCGCCGCCUCCACCACCCCCGCCAUGCCCCACACCUCCGGAAGGAGGCCCGGGCCAAAACCGGUUCGGCUUCUCGGGAGAGCAGACGGCUACUUUUGCGCAGAACGGACCCCUGGCCACUCUCUCACCCAACAUCCACUGGACAUAUGAUACGGCACCGGCCACCAAUGUCAUUCCCAUCCCCGCCAGCGAGGGUUCUCAGAUGUACUACGGUGUUGGAGAUCCUUCCAAACAUGGUGCUUUCGCUUUCCUGACCUACUGGUUCACGGCCCCAUCUGUCAAUCUUGAUCACUGCGAUCACGUAGCUUCAAUCGACUACAAGACGGAGGUACUCACCAUUACUUUUGCGUCCGAGGAAGCCUAUUGGCACGCCAUCGAUACAUGGGUCACCAACGAUGGUUUGAUUCUCGUAGCUUUUGCCAAGGGCUGUGGUGACUACGCCAAGGGCGAGAGAUGCUACUUCGAGGUUUCCGACUUGGACUUUGGUCCUCCUGGACUCGUCAUCGCGGCUACUGGCAGACCGAGUCACCCUGACGAUCUCGUUUCGUCUGGAGAGACGGAAUGGGGAUACUGGGCUCCGAGGAAGGGCGCCGGCGGACGCCAGAAGCCCAACUCCGGCAGUGCGUCCGGUCCCGGUUCCCCUUUCACCUGGGCUCCCGAGCCCAGUGUCCCACCGUCACCCGGAGGUUCCUAUGGCUCUGGCUCAGGCUCAGGAGGGGCUCCUGGGGCUGCUGGUGGAAAUCGACGACCCACGAAUGUCAUUGCCAGCCCUCGUCCAUCCGGAACCGGCUCUGCGGGAGGUCUGGAACUGGAGUUUGAUGAUUUUGAUCCCGAGACAGACCCAGCUACAGACCCAGCUCCGGCCCCGGCCCCGGCCCCUGCUCCUGCUCCUGCUCCGGCUCCGGCUCCGGCUCCGGCUCCGGCUCCGGCUCCGGCUCCAGCCUCGGACCCGGCCUCGGACCCGGCUUCUGCCCCGCCUGUGGAUCAAGGGCAGCCUCCGGUGCAAGCAGACGAUCAAGGUCAACCAGCAGUGCCUCCCGCAGACCAAGGUCAACCUGCGCCGCCUCCGGAUCAGGGCCAACCGGCCGCUGAUCCUCCGGCUGCACCUGCACCACCCCCGGCCUCAGAUGCACCACCUGCCAUGGACCCGUCCGGGGACACCAGCACGAGUGGCUUGACUGCCACACGAUCUUGUGUUGCCCCGCCUGAUGCGAAGUAUGGCCUCCCGACCGCCUGCCUGGGUGAAUACUUCGAUGAAGACCUCGAUGACAACCUCGGCUACGCCGACCUAAGCCCCGCAAGCAAGGCCUUCGUUCUCGACUUCGCUCCCGACUUCAUCGACGAGUCCAUCCCGCCGGAGUUCGGCAUGGACCUGGACCCGUCGGAUCCCAACUUCAAGCUCCGCCGACACCGCAACCGCAAGCGCAUCUUCGGGUGGGUCGCCAGAGCAAUCAACAAGUACGUCGUGCAGCCGGCGAAGAAGGUCUACCAAGCUGUUCAACAGGCGACUUCUAUCGGCGGUAGCAUCAACAAGGACUUCUCCUUUAAGGUCCCCAAUCCGCAGUCGUCAAACCCUGGUGACAAGCAGCUGAAGGACCCCAGUGCGAAGCAAGCAGUGUCGCCAUGGGGCGACUCUAUUCUCUUGAAGACUUUCCAGAGCAACGGACAAAACACACAGGGGUUCAUGAACGUCUACUGCGUCGGCUGCGGCGUGUCCGGAAACGCCAAGAUCGCCGGUCGCGCGAGAUGGACCCCGAUUGGCGGAUUCCUCGAGGGCCAGGUCGAGCUCCGAACGGAUAUCGUCUUCGUUCUGAAGAUCGGUAUCGACGCUCAGAUCGUGUACUCUCGGGAGUUCAAUUCGGAUCUCAUCAACGUCGGACUCCCGGGUCUCUCAUUCGGCGUGGUCACCAUCGGACCCCGUAUCUCGGUCGGCACCAAGGUCGGGAUCCAAGCAGCUGCCAAGGGACGACUUCUUGCUGGUGCGGAGAUGGGUCUGCAGGAUGCUCACGUUCUCAUCGACUUUGUGGACUCCAGCCGAAGCACCAAGAGAGGCUGGGAACCCUACUUCAAGCCCGUCUUCGAGGCCUCUGGAGAUCUGAUGCUGUCUGCGACCCUGGGACUCCCGAUCGGCAUCAAGUGCGGUAUCCAGAUCAGUUCGUGGGAUAAGUCCGUGGGUAUAGUUGACGAGCCGUCCAUCAAGGGUGUUGCCCAGGUUGCGGCCAUGAUUGGGAACGCCGGUGGGACCUUCGCGGCUGGUUUCACUGAGACGAACGGCUGCACGGGUAUUGCGACGCAGAUCAGCUGGCGUAACAGGUUGUACAUCGACAUCCUCGGCCUUAAGCAGAUACCUCUGCUGGAUACCAACGACAGACCUUUGGCUCGCAACUGCAUCGCACUUCCUGCGCCUCCUGCUCCUCCUCCUCCUCCGGCCCUACCAGCACCUGACCCGGCUCUGGCUGCUGACCCGGCUCCGGCUGCUGACCCUGCUCCGGCUGCUGAUCCUGCUCCUGCUGCCGACCCUGCUCCUGCUACCGACCCUGCUCCUGCUGCUGACCCGGCUCCAGCUGCUGACCCGGCUCCAGCUCCGGCUGCCGACCCGGCCCCAGCGGCGGAUCCGGCUCCGGCUGCCGACCCCGCCCCGGCUGCUGACCCCGCCGCUGCCCCGGCAGACCCUGCCACACCACCGGCCGAUCCUCCUGCGGAUAUACAGCUUGCUCUCCAACAGGGCCCGAGGGUAAUCCCCAAGCGACAAGACGGCGAAGUCAUCGACACAACAGUCAACGACUCAGGCACCGAAGAUCUCUCUUACUCAUCCGAACCCGUCGGCAACAACCCCUACUUCGACAGCGACGGCCGCGAAUUCGCCCUUCUCGUCGAUCCCUCCGGGUCGACAAUCAUCAUCUCCUGCAGCAACGGAAACAUGUACCCCGUCAGCGCCAGCGCCCCAGACAGCGAGGUCUGCUCCGAGCUCUGGGCCUCAGCCCAGGACGCGCUCAUCUACGACGGAGCAGAGCGUCUGAUGCACUACUACAGCAACACGAUGUCCCUUCUUGGCGUCUCUCGUCUUCGCGUUGAGGCUGAGUUGGAGGCUCCUGUGGGUAGCGUCGUGGUGGCUUGGGCACCGUACUAUGAGACCCCUGGAGGAACCGACUACUUCUACAUCGCUGUUGACCCCAACGAGGACAUCUUCUACCCAAUUAUUUGCGACUAUGCCGAUGGGACCGCCUCCAAGGUUUUCCUGGCUAAGGACCCUGUCGAGGGCGUGAACACUUUGCAGAGCGAAGAUGUUAUUUACACUGUCACGGGAGGCAGAGUAAGCAGCUGCCAGACCGUGGUGCUGAAUCAGGGAACCAGGGAGGCAUAA